UCGAGCUCGACAAACCGUCACGGAAAAGAAAAGGAAAAUAAACACCCAUCAACAUGUUCUCGAAGUCGCCAUCCUGCUAUGUAGCUUCGAAUGGAGAAUGGAGCAAGAUUUGUGGUGCGGCAUUCGUCCUGGUGCUCCUCACGGUACCGGGGGGGGGAACACAGGAGUCAGCUAGUGUGGGAGAUAAAGGAGGAGCGGAUAUCGUCGUCGCGAAAGAUGGAAGCGGCGACUUUUCUACUGUCAACGAGGCACUCGCGGCAACAUGGUCCGGCAAGAGGGAUCGGUUCACGGUCAUACUCAUCAAAUCUGGCGUGUACGAGGAGCAGCCAGUGAUGGCGGCUUCGCUACACCACGUGGCGCUGGUGGGCGAGAGGGCGGGCAGCGGCGUGAAGAUAACGUCGUCGGGCGCGGCGGGCGACUCGAGUCUGGACGAGUGCGCGACAUUCCGCCUGCUGGCGUCAGACGUGGUGGUCUCCAACAUCAUCUUCGAAAACGCGCACGGAUCGGGCGAGCAGGGCGGUGACGAGGACCAAGCUUUGGCAAUCAAGGUUGCCGGUACUCGGGUGGCCUUCUACGGCUGCACGUUCCUUGGCUACCAAGACACCCUCUACGCGGCGACUGGCUUGCAGUACUACAAGGGCUGCAACAUCCACGGGCGCAUGGACUUCGUGUUCGGCAACGCCAAGGCUGUCUUCCACGACUGCAACUUCCGCCUCGUCUACUGGGGCGGCGCGUACUUCGCGCAGGCGCGCGCCAAGGGCCAGACCACGGGGUUCGUCAUCAAGGGCGGCUCACUGCGGCCGUACGGCAAAGGGCCCAUCAAGCCUGGCUACCUCGCGCGCUCCUGGGGCGAUUACUCAACGGUCAUCUUCGUCAACACGUAUUUCGCCGCGGGAUCCGUUCGUGCAGAAGGAUGGAGUUACGUGAGCGGUUACAAGGACAUGGAUACGGUUACCUUCGGUGCAUACGGUUGCUCUGGACCAGGGUACAACGCAAGUGCAUGGGAGAUAGGGAGGGAGAUGAGCGCGGAGGAGGUGACGCCGUACUUGAGCAACGACUACAUCAACAAAAUGAACUGGAUCGCAGAUCCUGCUGCAGUAACCCGAGGCGUUGGGGGAGCCGCGCCUGCAGCCAAGAAAGGCAACAGGAAGAACAAGAAAGAAGUUGCGGGCGGUGUGACACCGGCCCAGACCUCCAGUGGCACCCAGAGGCCGCCCGCCAGGAAGACAGGCGCGGACACUGCUAAUAACGCGGACAGUGGCAAGCCAAGCAAUAGCAGCAGUUCUGGAUCUCGACGCAGCAGCAGCAGUGGAAAGGGCAAAGCGGGCAAGAAGGGAGUUGCUGAAUCUCAUCCUGCGCCAAGUGGCAGCAGCACUGGCGGGUUCUCUGAAAAGAAGAAGCAACCGGCUGAAAGCAGCGGCCCUGUUCCUGCAGCACCCGCUGGCAAGAAGGGGAGAAAGAAGAAGCAGCUUGCUGAAGCGACAACCUCCACUGUUGCACCUGCUACCGAGAAGAAGGGUAAGAAGAAGGAGCAGCCUGCUGAAGUGACGGCCCCUCCUGCUGCACCUGCCACGGGGAAGAAGGGGAAGAAGAAGGAGCAGCCUGCUGAAGUGACGGCCCCUCCUGCUGCACCUGCCACGGGGAAGAAGGGGAAGAAGAAGGAGCAGCCUGCUGAAGUGACGGCCCCUCCUGCUGCACCUGCCACGGGGAAGAAGAAGGAGCAGCCUGCUGAAGUGACGGCCCCUCCUGCUGCACCUGCCACGGGGAAGAAGGGGAGGAAGAAGGAGCAGCCUGCUGAAGUGACGGCCCCUCCUGCUGCACCUGCCACCGGGAAGAAGGGGAAGAAGAAGGAGCAGCCUGCUGAAGUGACGGCCCCUCCUGCUGCACCUGCCACCGGGAAGAAGGGGAAGAAAUCUGCUGUGAAUGCCACCGCUCCUGCACCUAGUGAUGGAAAAAAAGGACAAAAGGCUUCUGGGGAAGAAUCAGCUCCUCCCACCCCACCUGCUGGGAAGAAAGGGAAGAAGGAGCCGCCUGCUGAUAGCUCUUCCCCCUCUGCUCCUCCAGCUGGAAAGACAGGGAAGAAGGCGGAUCAACCUGCAGAUGCAACAAGCCCUCCUGCGCCCCCUGCAGCAAAGAAGAAGGGAAAUGGAGGAAGCAGCACUGGUAGUGGUGCUCCUGACACAGUAAGUGGUGCAAAAGGCAAGAAGAAAGUGACUCAGCCGCCCCCUGCUUCUGAGAACCCUGAUAGCAGCAGCAGCAGCGGUGGGGAAGCGCCGGGGUCGAGUGCAGGUGGGACGGAAGAGAAGUCGACGAAGAAGAGGAAGGGGCUGUUCGGUAGGAACAAGAAGGAUGAAAGUGGUGGUGGGGAUAGCAGCAGUGACGGUGGAGGGGAGGGCGAACCAAGUGCUGAAGAUGGAGCGAGCGGGGGGAAUGGGACGGCCCCAGAGAGCAAGGGCAGAGUGAAGAAGCUGUUCAAAAAGCUGUUUGGUUGAGGGGCGGGCAUCUCGGUGGGAAAGACAUUUCAUUUAGAGGAGCAAGGGAGAGGGGCAGGCAUGGUUGGAGAGGAGAGAAGAGUGUAUUAGUGGGAUUGAGAGUCCCCUUACUGACCUCCUCAGAGCCAUCUCCCACACACAUACACUCAUAGGACCUAGGGCUUCCCUGUCACACCUGCAGCUGUUGCUUGAGUGGAUUGCCUUGCAGCUUACACUCACAAGUUGACUUAGUUACUGCUGUCUCACACUCGUAUUGUAUCCAUUAACCCACAAACC